UUUCGUAAUUUUAGUCUCUCUGUAGGUUCUGAAGCAAACGGUUGCAAUGAACAUUUAUAUUCUGGUUCUUCUGGGGGUGUGGAGUUUGUUGUAGCAAAUGAGGAGGAAAGGCUGCCGAAUAAAUGUGAAGUGUGUAAGUUUCUGACAGUCGAGCUGCAGGAAGCUCUGGAGAAAACUGGUCGCUCCAAAGAGGUUCUGGAGGUUGGAGAAGUGUUGGACACAGGGAAGAGGAGGAGGAAGAUUAAAUACAACACCUCGGAGACUCGACUGACUGAAGCUGUGGACAACAUAUGUGAGCGCAUCCUGCAGUACAGUGUUCAUGCAGAGAGGCCGGGCAGCCUGCGGUACGCCAAGGGCGCCAGUCAGACCAUGACGACUCUGAAGAAUCUGGUCCACAAAGGAGUUAAAGUGGACCUGGGGAUGCCCUAUGAGCUGUGGGAUGAACCCUCUGUAGAGGUGUCGGACAUGAAAAAACAGUGUGAGACGAUGCUGGAGGAGUAUGAGGAGGUGGUGGAGGACUGGUACUUCCAUCAUCAGGGCCAGAGGCUGGAGAACUUCCUCUGUGAGAACCACGUCCUCAAGACUUCAGAGCAAGAAUGUCUAAAGGAGAUGUGGAAAGGAGACGUGGGGAAGAAAGGAGAGGCUGAGGAGGCAACUAGAGAAGAAGAGGAGGCAGUGCAAAAGGAGGAACAAAAAGCACACGAUGCUGGAGAACUUUGAGAAAAAACGUUUGCCAACAAGUAAAUGCAGAAGACAACACUACACCUCAGUUUUCAACUGUGGAAGUCAAGUUGAAAAUCAGUGGGCAGAAAUAGAGGUAUGUUUUUAGCCGUGUUCCUAGAGGUCUAUUAUGGUAUGUAUAUAUACAUUUAAAGUUACAAUGACCUGAUGAUUUGCAACUGUGAUGCCUUUUACAUAUUAACAGUAUUAUUUUUGUAUGUCAGACUUUUAUAAAUUGUUCCAACACUCCGAUUAAGAUCUAAUGCCUUUACCCCACUACUAGAGCAGGGGUGUCAAACUUAUUUUAGGGGCCACAUUCAGCCUAAUCUGAUCUCAAGUGGGCCAGACCAGUAAAGUCAGAGCAUAAUAACCUAUAAAUAACGAGAACUCCACAUUUUUUCUUUAUUUUUGCGCAAAAAGGCACAUUCUGAAAAUACUCACAUUUAAGAAAUUAUCUUUUUACAAAACAUUACGAACAAACUGAAAUUUGUUACGAAAAUUCAGUUAAAUCUCAGCAGUAUUAUGCCUCAGUUUGUCAUUUACACAUUACAACUUACAGAUCACAUUGUUUCCACAAAGGAACAAAACAUUUAGUCACAGGUAUCUGGAACUGAAUGAUACAGUAUUUUACUUUAUGAUCACAAUGACUGACAAAAAAAACCCAACUAAAACAACGUAAAACAUUACAAAUAUCAGACGCAAAGUGAGAAAAAUUAGGCAAAUGACACAAAACGAAGCAAAAAAGAUACCAUAAAUUUGGCAAAAUAGUUGCAAAGCGACAAAAAACGUACAAAUGACAAAAUCUAGACAAUUUUUUUUUACAAAUGGCACAAACAAGACCAAAAAUGACAAAAGCCAGAAACAAAACAACAACAACAAAGUAGACCACCAACACAAGUGAGACAAAAAAACACAAAAUGAAAAAAAAACAAAACAUCAAAUAAAGCAAAACACUAAAUGACAAAAAUAAGACAAAUCACACAAACGAGACAAAAAGGAAACACAAACGACAACAGUCAGACAAAAAACCCAACAAAAACCAAGACAAAAUAUUACAAAAUGAGACACAAAAUGACAAAAGAACAGUGAUCAAAGUAGUGUUUUACUUUAUGAUCAAAACACCUUGUCAUGGUCUAGAAAUUAUUUAAAAUUUAUAGUUUUGCAAAUUUACAAAUUGCAGUUGAUGUCUUGGUAAUUUUUACACUUUACAAAGUCGACCCAUGGGCCGGAUUGGACGCUAUGGAGGCUGCUUUUGGCUCGUGGGCGGCAUGUUUGUCACUUUUGUAGUGUUAUAUUUUAUGUGACCUCUGUUACAUCUCUCCUUAUACCAAUAAUAUAUGAUGCAUAUCAAUGUUUUUUUUAACCUGGAAUGCAAUAUGUACAGCUUUUUCACAUUGAAUAAAAUACCUUUUU